UCUUGGACUUCCCCCUUCUCAACUACACACUCACAAAAGGGACUAAAUGUUUCGCGCACGGCUCAUCCUACUUCCGCUGGAAUUCCAUUAUGCUGGCAGAAGGACAGCUACCGCAAAGUUGUUCCAUUGCGCAUUUCGUUCUGUGGUCCGAUUGUCCGAAGAGGUAUCCAAUGAUCCUCGGUGAAGUCAAGUCGUCAGUUCUCUGUGCGAAUACACGCUUGUUGGAAGUUGUAUCAGACUCGUAACAUGUCUUUCCGCGCUCGAUCUUCUGUGGAGCUCAAGGCACAUCAAAGGCAGUAUUCGAAGUCUGGAAACUCCACCGUACAUGGCCACCAAUCAACUCCCUUUUCGUGGUCCUUCAACUUGGGGUGGCCCUGGACUCGGAACCCUCGCGCUUGCGAGCUUCCAAUGAUAUCCACUUCAGAAUGCGUAUGGUUUCCAGAAGGCUGCACAUGUCGUGAUAAUAUCGCUCGCGUUUCUCGGUGCCGUCGGUAAAAAAGGUACAGUGGUUAUUUGUGUUAUUGGGCUCCAAGCAAUCAUAACUCGUGAACGAGUAAUGCUCGACCUUUCGGACCUCUUUCGGAGAAAAAUUCCGAUGGAUUGUUCGCCUUUACGGGAAGCAGACAGGUACUUGCUUCUUCAACUCAGUUUAGACUUAGCCUCCUGUUGCCCUGGUCUCAUCAAAUUGAUACGACCGUAAAUGGCUCGACCUCGACAACUCGACAACAGUUUGGCUAAUAACUCGACCAUAAUCUCCGUGAAGGACGUGGCGAAACCGAAAGAGCGAUAAGUACUUUGGUUGCUACAAAUGACUUCACAUGGCCAAAAUUUUGUAUACUGACGACAUUGCUAUCUGCGCGAAAGGUAAAGGUGAAAUACGUGGCUUCGGAUCCCCCAGGCAACUUGACGUGAAUCCCGCAAAGUUCUCAAACGACGUCGAAAAUGUUUCCUCAAAUCCCACCGGCCGAUGGCACAAAAGGUAUCAUGCUUGUUGGAAUUUUCUCAUUUUCCCCGUCUAGAAUUCGGCCGAUGAAUAUCUGGUUGGGUUGAAACGUUUCGGCUCCCCGAACGCCGUCGAUGUGAAUUCGAAAGCUGUUACUGGAUAAACGCCACGUUCUAUAGAUGUACACAGGGGUUUGGCAUUUUGGAUAAUCAAACCGAAGCCUCAAGGGUGGGAGAGAUCGACACUUAUCCGGCAGAGAAAUGGAGAUGGGUGAGAAAAGUUUCGUGGAUCCUGGGAGGAGGUGACUUAGAACAGGAAUUUUCAUGCGCUCUUACAUGGAACCGGGAGACUGGAGUCGCGGUCCAACCAAUAACUGUGCAAGAGCUCAUUGAUAUCUUUAUUAUUUCCGAAAGUGAAAUUCGGAACAUACACACGUCGGCUACAUCCGACAAGUGGCUUCGUUUCUUCGUGUGAAUGGUGCGACUAUGACAUCGAGCUCUUGCAAGAUAUUUCCUGUCGAGAGAAGCUGUCGUAAUGUGGUUUAAUAUAAAGGUCGUGUUAAAUUCUGCCAAACACCUCCACAUCCCCCAUUGUCUCAUCUCUUAACACCCUAUAUCCUUGCCGCUCUAUCGCGCUGUCGAUAAGAGGAUACUGGACGACUUUCUCAUAGAUACCCACAUCUUUUCCCCUGGCUCCGCGACCUGCCGAACGACUCACGUUGCCAUUGUGUACUCCAGAAUCCUUGGAAAUGUUGCCAACCCCAGUGAAGAACGACCAUGAAGACAAGUAUGAUCCAAGUUCUGCCUUUCAACAAUCAUUACGAGGCAAGGCCACGGAUUCCAUGAAACAUGUUAUAAACAUUCCGAUAACAAAACACGUAGAAGACAGUCGACAAUCCAAGACCUCGUCUUUGUCGAAAAUCGGGCGACGGCUAUAUGACGGAUACGAGAAACGGGCGGCAAAAUAUGGCGGCAACGUUUCUGCGGAAUGUCGGAUCUCCUAUGCGUAGAUUGACCUGUUACCAUAAGCUUCGGCUGGGUGGGAAGGUUGGGUCGAUAGUGAUCACUAACAGUUCAGCCUUGUCAGUAUACGGUCGCUGGUGUCACAGUCUGAAUCUCCAAAACCGAUAUGUAUGAGCACAUUCCCGAUAAAAUAACAUCAAAUUGUAG